CCGCACCCUUGCAAAGGCUCUCAGUGCUUUCUCCCUUCAGGCAGAAGGAGCCUUGAUGUUGGAGGAGACACUGACAGGCUCAGAUUUUGUUUUUCUGUCGGGUCGCCCUCCCGGCGCGUCCCAUCUUUUCUGAGACGGAAAUGGCCAACGCGGGCCUGCAGCUGCUGGGCUUUUCGAUGGCCGUGCUUGGCUGGGUGGGCCUGAUAGUGAGCACUGCCAUUCCGCAGUGGAGGAUGAGCUCGUAUGUGGGCAGCAUCGUCACAGCCCAGGCCAUGUACAAGGGGCUCUGGAUGGAGUGCUCCACGCAGAGCACUGGCUUGUCAAGCUGCAAAUCCUACGACUCGGUGCUCGCUCUGCCGGCGGCCUUACAGGCCACUCGAGCCCUAAUGGUGGUGUCCAUAGUGUUGGGCUUCAUCGCCAUGUUGGUCGCCACGAUGGGCAUGAAGUGUACAAACUGUGGGGGAGAUGACAAAGUGAAGAAGGCCCGUAUAGCCAUGACUGGAGGCAUCAUUUUCAUCGUGACAGGUCUUGCUGCCUUGGUAGCAUGCUCCUGGAUUGGACAUGACAUUAUCACAGAUUUUUAUAACCCCUAUACACCCACGAAUGCGAAGUACGAGUUUGGUCCUGCCAUCUUUAUUGGCUGGGCAGGGUCUGCUCUGGCCCUCCUGGGAGGUGCCCUGCUCUCUUGCUCCUGUCCUGGCAGUGAAAAUAGUGCUGUAUACCGCGCACCCCGCUCCUACCCCAAGUCCAAUUCUGCCAAGGAAUAUGUGUGAGCUGCUGGGGUGCUCAGCCUGCGUGCAAGGUGUGGGACUAAGGCCUCCUGGUCACUCCGUCCCUGAACACCAUGUACGGUUGGGGGGAGGUGCAUCUAGGGGAGGGGAGGGCUUGGGAGAAGACAAAACAUGGGGGUGUGCUUUUGUA